UACUGUAUAGGAGACGCAAUUGGUUCAAUUCAAACAUAUUUCAGUUUGAAUCCAUACACAAGUUUCCAAACAAAUUUACUACAGCUCGGACGUGCGUUCGAAUACUUGAACUUGAAGUUAUAUGCGCCUCUUCCACAAACAUUACGUCGAUAUCGGAAAUCGAUGAUAAGAUAAAGGAGCAUGUGGUGCUGGUGGCCUAUUGGUGCAGCUCCGCAGACUAUAGUGAGCGCUCAAUGUUCGACAAACGUGGAUUUAUGUGAGGUAAAACUUUGUGAGACUGCAAGAUGAACCCCAAGGAGAAUGAAGCUGUGCGAAGUGAUACGCCUAUUUUAGUCGAUGAAAAGUGCAAGCAAUGGGUUGAAAGCAGCGAGUUUUCUGCGAUAAGCGAUGACGUAUCUUCUUUAUGUGGACGCAGUACCGAGUUCAGCUCAACCGUUGCCGACAGUGACGUGAAUUCCAUAACAGACGACAUCGGAAAUAUCAACAUUGGAAAGAUUAAUAGAGGGCACGAGUUGAAGAUUGUUUCAAAUGGUGGCCAAACCGAUAUCAACAACACUGAAAUAUUACAGAAUGUGUUCCAGGGAAACAGUACUCAAACGUUUGGUAAUAUUCAGGUGGAAAACUCUAAUAAAGUGCACGUUGGUAAUGUAACCUAUGUUACGGGUCCGAUACACAUUAUUCACACCAGUGGCAACAACCUUGGAUCCAUCCAGCAGUUUGUGACGAAUGCUACACCAUUGGCUACCAAAGACGCUGAGCAGUCAGUAAGAUCGGUUUCUGAUGCAACCAGCGGAGAAACGGAAGAAGAAGCCGAUUCAGAUGAAAAAGUGGAACGUAAUCGAGAUGAAAUUUUUCUUUCAAACGUUUCUAAAAAGAUUAUAGGCCGAGUAUUGAGAAUCGUUGACAGAAGGUCGUGGUUAGCACAACCUGCUCUUGAAUACAAAGACUUGAAAACCCCUGUACCUUAUGUAGUUAUAUCUCACACCGCCACAGAGUCAGCCGACACGCAAGCCGGAAUGGUCUACAUGGUGCGAAUGAUUCAGUGCUUCCACAUUGAAUCGAGACGAUGGAACGAUAUCGCCUACAACUUCCUGGUGGGAAAUGAUGGCAAUGCCUACGAAGGACGUGGAUGGAAACGGCUUGGUGCGCAUACCCUCGGCUAUAAUUCUCGUGCUAUCGGUAUCAGCUUCGUUGGUUGCUACAUGAACGAGGUUCCGGCGGAUAUAGCCCUGGACGCGUGUCAGGCUUUGAUACAACGAGGUGUCGAGCAAGGAUACAUCCAACCAGACUACAAAUUGGUGGCACACUGUCAGUGUAGUGCGACAGAAAGUCCAGGGCGAAAACUAUUUGAAGUGCUCAAGACGUGGCCUCACUGGACAGCAGAUCCAUGACAACGUAAGGAUUGUUCUCAUAAAUUAUUUUUGUAGCAGAGUUGUGUUAUCGAUCAGUUCCAUUUGUAAUAAACGUUCAUUUCGGAUUAUCAU